AUGAGUGCAGAAAGGAACACUGAGGAUGAGAACACUGAAGCUGAGAACACUGAGGGCGAGUCCACUGAGGCAGAGAACACCAUGGACGAGAACACUGAGGAAGAGAACAUUGAGAAUGAGAACACUGAGGCUGAGUCCACUGAGGACAAGAACAUGCCAAACCAGAGACAUCAUCAUGGAUGGAAUACUAACCAAACUGUCUUCAGCGAGGAGAACACUGAGAAUGAGAACACUGAGGACAAGAACACUGAGAAUGAGAACACUGAGGACAAGAACACUGAAGACGAGAACACUGAGAAUGAGAACACUGAGGAUGAGAACACUGAAGAUGAGAACACUGACAAUGAGAACACUGAGGACGAGAACACUGAAGAUGAGAAGACAGUGAGGACGAGAACACUGAGGAUGAGAACUUUAAAAAUGAGAACACUGAGGAUGAGAACACUGAGGACGAGAACACUGAGGACUGAGGACAAGAACACUGAGGAUGAGAAGCUUGAGGCCGAGAACACUGAGAAUGAGAACACUGAGGAUGAGAACUUUAAAAAUGAGAACACUGAGGAUGAGAACACUGAGGACGAGAACACUGAGAAUAAGAACACUGAGGACAAGAACACUGAGAAUGAGGACGAGAACACUGAGAACGAGAACACUGAGGACAAGAACACUGAGAACGAGAACACUGAGGACGAGAACACUGAGGAUGAGAACUUUAAAAAUGAGAACACUGAGGAUGAGAACACUGAGGCAGAGAACACUGAGGACAAGAACCUUGAGGCCGAGAACACUGAAAAAGAGAACACUGAGGACGAGAACACUGAGGACAAGAACAUGCCAAACCAGAGACAUCAUCAUGGAUGGAAUACUAACCAAACUAUUAGUCCAGAAAAGGACAGUGAGGACGAGAACACUGAGGAUGAGAACUUUAAAAAUGAGAACACUGAGGAUGAGAACACUGAGGACGAGAACACUGAGAAUAAGAACACUGAGGACAAGAACACUGAGAAUGAGGACGAGAACACUGAGAACGAGAACACUGAGGACAAGAACACUGAGAACGAGAACACUGAGGACAAGAACACUGAGGAUGAGAACUUUAAAAAUGAGAACACUGAGGAUGAGAACACUGAGGCAGAGAACACUGAGGACAAGAACCUUGAGAAGGACAUCUGGGUCCAGAUUAGUCCAGAAAAGGACAGUGAGGACGAGAACACUGAGGAUGAGAACUUUAAAAAUGAGAACACUGAGGAUGAGAACACUGAGGACGAGAACACUCAGAACGAGAACACUGAGGACGAGAACACUGAGAAUGAGAACACUGAGGAUGAGAACACUAAGGACGAGAACACUGAGCAUGAGAACCUUGAGGAGAAGAACACUGAGAAUGAGAACACUGAGGAUGAGAACACUGAGGAUGAGAACACUGAGAACAAGAACACUGAGGACAAGAACACUGAGGAUGAGAACCUUGAGGCCGAGAACACUGAGGACGAGAACACUGAGAAUGAGAACACUGAGGAUGAGAACACUGAGGACGAGAACACUGAGCAUGAGAACCUUGAGGAGAAGAACACUGAGAAUGAGAACACUGAGGAUGAGAACACUGAGGAUGAGAACUUUAAAAAUGAGAACACUGAGGACGAGAACACUGAGGAUGAGAACACUGAGAACAAGAACACUGAGGACAAGAACACUGAGGAUGAGAACACUGAGGAUGAGAACCUUGAGGCCGAGAACACUGAGAAUGAGAACAUUAAAAAUGAGAACACUGAGGAUGAGAACACUGAGGCCGAGAACACUGAGAAUGAGAACUUUAAAUAUGAGAACACUGAGGACGAGAACACUGAGAAUGAGAACACUGUGGAUGGGAACUUUAAAAAUGAGAACACUGAGGAUGAGAACACUGAGGCCGAGAACACUGAGAAUGAGAACACUGAAGAUGAGAACACUGAGGAUAAGAACCUUGAGGCCGAGAACACUGAGAAUGAGAACACUGAGGAUGGGAACUUUAAAAAUGAGAACACUGAGGAAGAGAACACUGAGGACGAGAACACUGAGGCCGAGAACACUGAGAAUGAGAAAACCGAAGAUGAGAACACUGAGGAUGAGAACACUGAGGACAAGAACCUUGAGGCAGAGAACACUGAGAAUGAGAACACUGAGGAUGAGAACUUUAAAAAUGAGAACAUUGAGGACGAUAACACUGAGGCCGAGAAACUUGAGGCAAAGAAGCCUAAGGAUGAGAACACUGAGCAUGAGAACCUUGAGGCUGAGAACACUGAGAAUGAGAAAACUGAGGAUGAGAACCCUGAGGAUGAGAACUUUAAAAAUGAGAACACUGAGGAUGAGAACACUGAGGACGAGAACACUGAGGACUGA